UUUUUAGAUGGAAAAUUACAUUUUCCAGAAUUUCUGAAAGUAAUGCACAAUCAUUGUCGUGUAGAAAAAUUACCUAAUGAAAUUUUAGCAGCUUUCAAAGCUAAUGAUCGUCAGCACAGUGGAACUAUACAUAGUAAACAUCUCAAACAUUUAUUGCAAGGUUGGGGAGAACAUUUAAAUAGCAAAGAAGUUGAACAAAUUUUUCGAGAAGCCAAUGUCCAUCCAAAUGGCAAAGUUAACUAUGAUGAAUUUGUAAAAAUUGCUUGUGCGCCAAUUCCUGAUUAUUACUAAUCAUCACAUUUAUAUAAGAUUAUUAAUUUAUUUAGUUUUAAGAAUAUUAAUUGAUGUACUCCACCUGUUUUGGAAUGUAAGACCGCUCAGCCACCUCCUACCCCAUGCUUUCCCUAAAAAUGUUUUCAUUCACAUAUUUCUUAUAUACUUAAAUUUAUGCUGCCUAGUAUUAUAAGUUAACAUUCAACCAUGUUUUWUGUGAAACUAUAUUUGAGUAUAAUUAAUAAUUAUAUUUAGAAUUUUUAAACUCA